AUGGUUCUCUCCUUUCCCACUAGUACAAAUGAUGCCAGCAGGAGGAUAGAGUACAAUAUGCUUUACUGUCCUUCUAUAUCUAAUUUCCCUCUGGUGGAUGGUUUCUAUUUUGUGAAAUCCGAAGAGGAAAGGGUUACAAUGAUUGGAAUACAAACAACAACUGCCAGAAGACAUGAAACUACAGUUACUGCAGUAAUUGAAUUCAAUAAAUAUCUUAAAAAUUGUUUUUCUGACUGGGCUGGUGUUUCCAAGAAAAUAUCAUGGGAGAUCAUUUACAUACAACCCUACGACGCUGAUGAGAGGAGACAAAUAAAAGAAUGGCAAGGAUGCACUUUGAAUGAAUCAGGAAAUUAUAAUCUCGAGGAACAGGGGAUUACUGCCAGAUUCUGGAAUGAAAAGGUAAAUCAGUAUCAGGUGAAUUUGUCUUUAGGAAUGGCAGUACGCCUCGUGGAGGCUUUGGAGGGGGUGCGUAAACGAGAAAAACUAUCUAAAAUCGAAGACUUGAUACAAAUAAGAAGGCAGGAAAUGCAUUAA